CUGAAUCUGCCGACAACGUUUCAUCGUUGGAGAAUAAAAUUAGGGAACUAAAUCGCAGUAACACAGUGAAUUUAUGGAGCCGGCCAUCAUUGUUUCGCUGAAUAAUUUGCAGUAUUCCCUUGUCAUCAGCAAUGAUAAGUUGGAGAAUGUACUGAGUGAUAAUUUAUCAGUUGAAUUCACAAAAAUUGUGCAGUGGCUCACUGAUGAACUUGCAAAGUUGGUUGGCUUAGAAGAAUGUGUUACCGCAAUUAAUGGUCCUGCUGAUGAAGAACAUUUUCAUAUGGAACUCAGUGGUUUUUUGCGAGAAUAUGGUGGUUGUGUGCACAGUUGCUUAACAGAUGGUCCCAUAAAUGAGAGGUUGGCCAGUCGGCAUAAUAAAUUACUCCUCUUAGAUUUUCUCACAUCUGAGCUUCAGGCCAGCAGAAUUGUUGCUCUAGAAAAACCACACCUUCUACCUAAGACUUCAAAACCUGAAUUGAAGGAAUCAUCUGCUGCCUGCCUGCUCAAGGACCUGCUCAUCACUCUCUCAUUCCCCAAACCACCUGAAGGCCUCACGUUCUUCCAGCUCUUCAGUAAAGUCGAAAAUAAAAUAAAAGAAAUGAUCUCAAAGAUUGAACUGGCACACAUGAGCAAACCUCUGUUGAAGGCCACCCUGUCGGACAAGCAGUGGAGUCAGGUGGAUUACAUGAAUCAGGCUCUGAGGGUGGAGUAUGAGCUGAGAAGAACCAUGCUGCUUGAGAGGCUCGAUGUCACCAUUCAAUCAUUUCUCUGGGCUGAUAAGACAAAAGAAAGUAAGAUAAAAGCAGCAUUUGAACAGUACAGAAACCAGCUAAACAGGCAGUAUGACAUCACCAUUGCCCACGUACUUGCCGCCAGGGAAGAUAUGUUGAGAAUCGAGAAAACGAGCAGCGGCUUGUCUCGUGAGAAAACGAAAUGCAGCAUCAACAGACACAUUAUCGGCCAGGUAGGCAGAGGUCGUGGUGGUGGUGGUGGCGACAGGGGGAAAAGUGGAUGGAACGACAACAGAGGCGGUGGAGGUGGACGUGGCGGUGGUGGUCAGUGGUCUCAUAACAACAAUUACAACCAGUAUGAUACAUAUGCAGGCAGCAAUCCAACUGCAAAUGCAUUUUUUGGUGGUGGAGGAGGUGGCGGUUACCAAGGUGGUGGUGGCGGUAAUUACCAGAGUGGCGGUGGUUACCAAGGUAGUGGCGGUGGUUACCAAGGUGGGGGUGGCUAUGGUGGAGGUGGUUAUGGUGGCAAUCAAAACCAAUAUUAUCAACACGACGAUCGACAUUCUGGUGGUCGAGACGGAGGCAGAAGAGGUGGCAGAGGAGGAAGAGGUGGUAGAGGUGGUGGCGGCGGUGGUUACUACUGAUUUACUUUUUAAAAUUAUUUCAUUUCAAAUGCUUUUGUUUUUUGUUAAAUAUUGUUUCUCUUUUGUUUUUUCGUUGUUAUGAUUUCUGUCUGUUUUAAUGUAUUAAAUUAUGUUGAAGUUGAUGAGAUUCUCGUCAUUACAAAUAAAUGAGUUUACGAAAAAU